UGUCACCACUACUUCCUAACUUUCUUUGGCGCCUGAUAUACAAGCAAGUUGGUUUAGUUUUGAAAAGGAGGAAAAAAUGCAUAAGGCCAAUAACAGCAAGGGCACGCUCCAGAGAGCCCAGACGGGACGUCCGCGCGCUCAGUUCCAGGUGCCGCAACCAACUGCCCAGCAGCAAAUGUGCGCCCAGCAAGAGCAGGAGGAGGACGCCCGCAAGACAAUCAUAGGCGCUAUGUACUCCAUGGACGUCAUUAUCGCCAUGCACACCAAGAACGCCGUGGACGAUGACCAGACCUUCUUUGACGAGAAUGGCCUUAUCCGCUUCAGCGGCAUAUUCAAUCUGCCUCCUGUGCCGUCAGAUUGCUUUAUGGUGAAUGCGGGACCGCGGCUGAUCGUUGUGAGGAUUUUAAUAACAAAUUUCAAGAGCUUUGCCGGCGAAGUGAAAGUGGGACCGUUCGACCAGAGUUUGACGUCCAUCAUUGGACCGAAUGGCUGCGGCAAGAGCAACAUCAUCGACGCCAUGAUGUUCGUCUUUGGCUGCCGUGCGAAUCGCAUACGCUGCAGUCGCAUCUCAGCCCUGAUCCACUCGUCCUCGCAAUUCCUCAAUGUGGAAAAUUGCUCGGUGGAAGUGCACUUGAAGCAGAUUGUGGACCGGGCCGACGGCAGCUGCGAGGAUGUGCCGAGCUCCGGCUUUGUCAUCGAACGCACAGCCAAGUCGGACAACUCGUCCUACUAUCAGAUCAACGAAAAGCGGGCCCAGCUCAAAGAUGUGGCCAAACUGCUAGCGCAGCACGGUGUGGAUCUGGCGCACAGUCGCUUCCUUGUCCUGGACAGCGAAGUGGAGUCCAUUGCCAUGAUGAAGCCAAAGGGGCAGACGGAAAACGAAACGGGAAUGCUGGAGUUGCUGGAGGAGAUUGUGGGCACCCAAUGCUAUGCUCGCCCUAUGCAGCAGCUCACCAAGAGGGUGGAUCAGCUCUCCGACGAACACGCGGUGAAGCUCGCCCGCUGCAGGGUUGCCGAGCUCGACAUGAAGGCUCUGGAGCAGCGCUUCAACAAGGCCGUCGACUAUCUGAAGAAGCAGAACGAGAUGAUGCACACCAAGUCCGUCCGCAUUCAGAAAAUUCUAGGCAUCGAGAGGACCAAGAUGAAGCAGUACACCAAGGAGCACGAAACGUUCGGGAAAGAGAUCGAAACCCACGGCAAGGGAACUGCUGCCCUCAGACAGCAACGGGCCGAGAUGGAGGCCGCAUUCCGCAAGGAAACCGAAGCCUACGAGUCGUUAGAGAAAAGGUGCGAACAAAUCAAGAACAGGCUGGUGACCGCCGAGAGGGACCACACCGUAAUCCAAAUGACCAUAAAGGCCACAAACGAACAGCGCAACAGCGCUGUCUCUGCAAACAAUCGUAAUCUUCGGGAGGACAUAAAAGCGGAAGAGGAGAGAUUGAAAUCGUUGGACGAGGAUCGCAAGAAGUGUCUUAAGCAGAAGGAAAAGCUCGAAAAGGAAGCCGAUGGCGCCAAAUCGCAUUCCGCCGAAAUCAAGAGACAAAUCGAUGGGAUCACUCAGAAGAUAUUUAAAAGAAACAUCGAUCGCAUUGAUAUGGACGCCAAAUUGCAGGCGGCUGAAAAGAAACUGAACGAGUUGAUGGGGCAUAUUUACGAAUGGCAGUACCAGCUGCUCUCAUUGAAACUCAACGAGAUUCCCGGAGAUACGCAGCCACAGGCAGAGCCCCUUAGAGAGCUCAGUGAGGAGGAGCUGGAAGCCGAGAACCUGGAGGCGCUGCAGCAUAAGCAAACGGUGCUGGAGGCAGAGUUGAGGGCAACCAAGCCCAACCUGAGAUGCAUCAAGGAGUACAACGAGAAGUGCAUCGUCUACCGGGAUCUCGUCCGUGUCCUGGAGGACAUUAACGCCAAGCGAACUGAGUUGUGGGACAAAUACUCGGCGGUGCGUAAGCGUCGCUAUAAGGAGUUUAUCGAUGGAUUCCAUAUCAUCACGCGAAAACUAAAGACCGCAUACCAGUUGCUUACGAUCGGCGGCGACGCCGAUCUAGAGCUGGUGGACUCCAUGGACCCGUUCAACCAAGGUGUGAAUUUUACGGUGCGGCCUCCCAAGAAGAGCUGGAGUCGCAUCUCGAAUCUCUCAGGCGGUGAGAAGGCUAUUUGCUCGCUGGCUCUGAUAUUUGCACUGCACCACUACAAGCCUUCGCCGCUGUACGUCUUGGAUGCAGUCGAUGCGUCGCUAGAUUACAAAAAUGUGGCUUGUGUUGGCGCGUAUAUUAAGAAAUUUAUGAGGAACACCCAGUUCAUUGUUAUUUCACAUCGUCCAAACACGUUUGAACUGGGCAACGUUGUGCUGACCUUAACCAGUUCCAACAACUGCACGGAGUCGGUGACCGUACGUAACCAUCCGGGCGAGCUGUCCCAACUGCCCGGGCUGCCCACUAAGCAGCCAAUGAAUCCGAACGGUCAGGAUGUGGGUGAAACCAUCGCGCAGGAUCAAACCUCGCCACCCGAGAAUAAUGAGAACGAGUCACCGAACUCUCAAGCCGGACCUUCCCAACAAGUAACCCAAAUGGGCCAUCAGGUGGACGAAGAAACACCCUCUACCUCUGCUCAGCCCAAGGAGCGCAUUCAGGGCAAGGCACGCGGAACUAAGAGAAAUCACCGCAAGGAGCCCUUGUAAGCCGUCAGCUAGGAAGAGAAACUACUUUUGCUCCGACAAUUAAAAACACGGAGCACAAACUGUGUUGAGCGCGCCAUUUGAAGUCCCGCAUGCCCCGCAAAGAUUCUCCACCUAUGUUAAUUUGAUAAUCCUUAUCUUAUACCCACAUGUGGGUAAUGCUUUAAAGCAAAACAAUCAAAAUCAAAAUUAUUCCAUUCCAUUAUUGGCUGGUUGUAGCUCGAUUGAGGCCCGUUUACUCAACUUCAAGUUAGGCUGCAAGUUGCAAACGGCCAAAAUAGUUAUUAUAUAUUCAUUUGAAAGUUGGUGGGUAAACGGACUUUGAUUUGAUGGCCACAGCUGAUAUACUUAUUUACUUAUUUACAUGAAGAAAAACAUGAAACAAUACUUGUUCUUUAAGAACAAUAACAGCAACCAAUGAAUGGUUAAUUUCUGAACACCAAAAAUAAAAUGUUUACUUCA